AUGCCAGCCUACUGCCUCCAAGACUGCCACUACUUCUACCGCACCGCCCUGCGCGGCCUCAGCAUCACCCGCGUCUUCAAUCAUUCAGACUCGUUGGCAGAGAAGCUUGCCGAGCUGCCCGCCCUGCCGACUACCCCCCGCACUCUUCCGCCCCAAGGGCCCGGCCAUCUGACUUGUGCUUACACCCGAGUCCCCAUGGCUACCUACAGGGCAAAGGAAGAGACGGCUGGAAUUACCUUUGCGGCUCAGGACAAACUCCCCAAGCUGCCCAUUCCGGAUCUGGAGAGCACCUGCAAAAAGUACAUCGAGGCCCUGGAGCCACUGCAAAACCCUCGAGAACGUGCAGAGACGCGACAUGCUGUCCAUGAGUUUCUCAAGGCCGAUGGGCCCGAUCUGCAGGAGAAGCUCAAGAGAUAUGCCCAUGACAAGACGAGCUACAUCGAGCAGUUCUGGUACGACUCGUACCUCAACUUUGACAACUCCGUCGUGCUCAACCUGAAUCCUUUCUUCCUCCUCGAGGACGACCCAACGCCCGCGCGCAACAACCAGGUCACCCGGGCGGCAUCCCUGGUUGUGUCGGCCCUCGAGUUCAUCAGAGCCGUGCGAAAAGAGGAGCUCCCGCCAGACACCUUCAAAGGCACCCCCCUGUGCAUGUACCAGGUUUCGCGCCUCUUCGGCACGGCCCGAGUCCCGACGGAGAAUGGCUGCCAGAUUGUGCAGGACCCCGAGUCCCAGCACAUGGUCGUCAUCUGCCACGGCCAGCUCUACUGGUUCGACGUCUUGGACGCCAACUCGGAUGUCAUCAUGACCGAGAGGGACAUCGCCAUCAACUUACAGACCGUCAUCGAGGACGCCGCCCAGACGCCGAUCCAGGACGCCGCCAAGGGCGCGCUGGGUGUGCUGAGCACCGAGAAUCGCAAAGUGUGGUCCGGUCUCCGAGACGUCUUGACCAGGGUUCCCGGGUCGAACAAUGCCGACUGUCUGAGCAUCGUCGACUCGGCUCUCUUUGCCCUCUGCCUCGACUACACCGAGCCGCUCGACGCCGCCGCUCUCUGCCAAAAUAUGCUUUGCGGCACCAGCGAGGUCAAGAACGGCGUCCAGAUAGGCACUUGCACGAAUCGAUGGUAUGACAAGAUGCAGAUCAUAGUCUGCAAGAACGGCAGCGCUGGCAUCAACUUCGAGCACACGGGCGUCGACGGACACACUGUUCUGCGCUUUGCCAGCGACGUGUAUACCGACACGAUCCUGCGUUUCGCUCGCUCCAUCAACGGCCAGGCCCCGACCCUCUGGACAUCCACGAGCCCGGACCCGUCCAAGAGAGGGCUCGAGAGCUUUGGCGACGUCAACACGACCCCGCGCAAGCUCGAGUGGGAUAUGAUUCCCGAGCUGUCCAUAGCCGUCCGGUUUGCCGAGACGAGGCUGGCAGAUCUCAUCGAGCAAAACGAAUUCCAGUGCCUCGACUUUGGCUCCUACGGGAAGAACUUCAUCACUGCCAUGGGCUUCUCCCCGGAUGCCUUUGUGCAGAUGGCGUUCCAGGCUGCCUACUACGGCCUCUACGGGCGAGUCGAAUGCACCUAUGAACCAGCCAUGACCAAGGUCUUCCUGCAUGGGCGCACCGAAGCCGUCCGAACCGUUUCGCCAGAGUCGGUCGACUUUGUGCAGACCUUCUGGGCCGACUCUCCCCUUGAGAAAAAGACUGAAGCCCUAAAGCGAGCCUGUCAAAAGCACGUCGGCAGAACCAGAGACUGCGCAAAGGCUCAGGGCUGCGACCGACACCUAUAUGCCCUGCUCUGCGUCUGGCAGAAGUAUGUCGACGAAGACAUGGACAGUGGCGUGAGCAGUGUCGGUCAGUCCAGCUCCAUCGAUGGAUACUCGCCGCCAGGAAGCCCCGAGAAAGAAUCUGCCGGGCCCAUGGACGGUGUGGCAGCUGGACACGGCCGUGAGCGCGGCAAUAGCACCAACUCUCGGCCCCGAGACAACCAUCCUCUGCCGUUUAUCUUUGCCGAUUCAGGGUGGGACAGGCUUAACACGACAGUCUUGUCCACGUCCAACUGCGGCAACCCGUCUUUGCGUCACUUUGGCUUCGGUCCCACGUCCGGUGACGGCUUUGGCAUCGGAUACAUCAUCAAGGACGAGUCCAUUUCGAUUUGCGUAUCGAGCAAGCACCGCCAGACGAAACGCUUCGUCGAUACGCUGGAGAGCUAUCUGUUGGAGGUUCGGCGUAUCCUGCGCAUUACAAACCGUAACUCGUUUACGGCAAAGUCUUCUCGGGCCCGCGAGGCAUCCCGGUCGCAGCCCGUGAGCAGGCUGAAAUCGAGGGGGCGUCUCAUCACCAAUUCUGAGCCGGUCAAGAUUCCGCGAUCCAAUGACGCGGCAUCUAUGGCCGAGGAUAGCGCCACGGUGAGCGAUGACGAUGAGCUCGGUGGAUACGGCUUCUUCGACGCCGGAAUGCUUCUCCAAGCACUCAAGGCUCGGGAAAAGGGAACGGACAUGGCCGAAUCCAAGGUCUCGGAACGGGCCGCCAUGUAUGCGAGGCGUAGAGACAUCGGUAAGAAGUUGCGGCUGAUUACAGAAUGA